AUCUGUUACAAUAAAUGGAUCACUGUAUUCUUUUUAAAUACGUGUGUACUAGUGGAAACGCAGGGACUGGUCCACCCUCUUUAAACAAGGAAGCGGAGAUAUGGAUGCCGGAGUAGACUUCGCUUAAAGAUUCUUCAAUCAUCUCCUCUUUUCCUCUCGCUUCCUCCUACUUUUGUGUUUGAAAAUCAUCUCCUCACCUCGUGUGCCCGUCAAAAUGUCAACAUAUGAUAGGAGGAGGACGAUGAUCGCUAGUUCGAAAAGGAGAGGAACUAAUUAAGUUCCUACUCUAAAUAGGAAAAGUGGAGGAGGAGAGGGGCAUUUUUAUAUGAAUAUAAAUGUGAUCCUCUUCAGAUCUCGGGUUCGAUCACUAGGUUGAGGUAGAUCUGAGAAAACCCAGGAGGAGGAGGAGGCGAAUGCGCUACUGAAGAAGAAGAAGAAGAAGAAGAAGACACAAGAGGAUCAAAUGGAGGAAUCCAAAGAUGAGCUGCAGCAGCAUCAACGAGAGGAUGAGGAGGAAGAAGAAGAAGAAGAAGAAGGGGGGGUUGUGGAGGAAAGGGGGGGAGAAGAGUUGAGGAGAUCGGGAGUUGAGGCGAGGAGCGGCGAGUGGGAGCGGGUGGCGCCGUGGAGGAGGCAGGUGACGGUGCGUGGGGUGGCGGCGGGGGCGGCGAUCGGGAUCGUGUACAGCGUGAUCGUGAUGAAGCUGAUCCUCACGACGGGGCUCGUGCCCACGCUCAACGUCUCCGCCGCGCUCCUCGCCUUCGUCGUCCUCCGCGGCUGGACCAAGCUCCUCCGCAAGCUCGGCCUCGUCGCCGCGCCCUUCACCCGCCAGGAGAACACCGUUGUUCAGACCUGCGCCGUCGCCUGCUACAGCAUCGCCGUCGGAGGAGGAUUUGGGUCGUAUUUAUUGGGUCUGAACAAGAAGACGUAUGAGCUUGCGGGAGUGGAUACGGAGGGAAAUGUGCCAGGAAGUUAUAAGGAGCCUGUUACCGCUUCGAGCGCGGUUGCUCCUUGCCUUGACGGUAACGGUAGCCGUCGCCUUGGGUGGCGGGUAUCAAGCGGCCUUCGUCUAGGGAGUAGUUCAACCGGUGGCGGCGCUUAG